CCAGAAGAGCGUGCCAUCGCACACAGCAGUUCCGUGCUGCUUCUGAUGCGUGCGCUGUUUCUGUCGCCCUCGGCGCGCGCCCUAGUGGAUUCCUGCACUAAGUACGCCCGCCAAUUGCCCUCUUAGGCCUUAUGCGCGCAAAGACCGGCGCCGCUCUGGCCAAUCAGCGCUGCGCUGACUCUGCUGACAGAGUGCCGUUGUCCGGAUUGGGAGCGGUUGUGCAGCCCUGGGCAUGUCAUCGACGCUUGUGUCUGGAGUGUCUCACACUGAAAAUUCACUCUCCAUCCGUUUUGCUGACAGAAAAAAGCGACGCCAGAGCUGGAGAAUCGCAAUCAACAAUCACAACCAACAAUCGCUGAUGGACAAUUCACCUCUAGCAACUGCUAACAAGCAAAGCAGCUUCAAU